AUGCCAUCUGGUACCGAGUGUUCUCUCGAUGCUCCCAACGGAUAUAAAAUCAUCCAGGAGGGAAUCUCGUCGAUCCUGGUUCCCGAUAACCGGUCGGUAUUUUACAAUCCUGUCCAGGAAUUCAACAGGGAUCUUUCGAUGCUAAUUGCACAUCUUUUUUCAAAACUUUUUUCAAAGGAACGAGAUGAACGGGCCAAGGCAAAACCGUCCGCAGCGCGGGGUUCUUCUGCUAGCACAUUCAAAAUUCUUGAUGCUCUCACAGCCAGUGGAUUUAGAGCCAUCAGAUAUGCCCAUCAGGUUCCCCUUGCAUCGCAGAUCAUUUCCAAUGACCUUGAUCACGGCGUCAGGGAAACCAUUUCUGCAAACAUUGCCCACAAUGCAAUUAAAGAGGACCUGAUAAAAAUCAACAUCCAAGAUGCAAAGUACGCCGGAAAACAAAGCUUUUUCGACUUGAUUGAUGUUGAUCCGUAUGGAUCGGCAUCUCCGUUUUUGGAUGCUGCCGUACAAGCAGUAUCUUCGGGCGGUCUUCUGGCAAUCACUAGCACCGACAUGGCGGUUCUUUGUGGAGUGCACCCCGGCACGUGCUUUGCCAAAUAUCAAGGCGUUCCAUUGCACUCGGACUAUUCGCAAGAAAUGGCCAUUCGUCUGCUUCUCAAUGCAGUUGAGACGGCCGCCAACAGAUAUGGGAGGUAUAUUGAGCCGCUGGUUUCGGUCAAAAUUGACUUUUAUGUUCGUAUUUUUGUCCGUGUCCAUAAGGGGCCCCUUGAGGUCAAGAAAUCGGUCAAGAAACGAGCUCUGGUUCUUGCUUGCCCUGCAUGUCGUACCUUUUUCGCACAGCCCAUUGGUGCCAUUGUUGCUAACGACAAGUAUGCCUACUCCCCUCUUGCCGUGUCGUGCUGUUCAAUUUGCUCUUCUACAAAACUGCAGGUUGCCGGUCCCAUUUGGAGUGCCAACCUGCAUUCGAAGGAGUUUGUUUUGAGCCUUCAGGAAUUCUUGUCGUCCUCAACCGACUUUAUCCUUGGCACAAGGCCUAGGAUUUGCGGAUUCUUAUCUCUUUUGUCGGAGGUUGCGUGUCUUUUGCCUAACGAUAGGAAAUUAAUUCGAUUCUCUACAUGA